AUGGCAUCCAACGGAGUGCAGCACGUCUUCGCGCCGGUGCUGGCGGCACACAACACCAUGGCAUCGGGAGCCGACCGUGCACAGAAAGAGCAGGCACAUCAGUUCCUCGAGCAGUUCCAGAAAUCGGACGAAGCAUGGACGACGACAUUAGCCAUGCUCGAAGCCAACAACGUGGACGCUGCGGCAAAGUUGUUUGCCGCUACCACACUGAAGGGCAAGAUUGUCUAUGACCUUCAUCAGCUGCCCCGCGAGACGCUCCCAAAGCUGCGCGAAACCAUUAUCAGAAAUCUGGCGACCUUCCACGCUGGUCCCAAGCCUAUCCGCCUGCAGCUGUGUGUGUGUCUGGCCAACCUAGCGAUACAAAUGACAGAGUGGAAGGACGUUCUACCUCUCAUACUAUCAACGCUGGGCUCAGAUCCAUCCACGCUGCCUUGCGUCCUAGACUUCCUUCGUGUUCUGCCAGAAGAGGUCACACAUGGCCGGAAAAUCGCUCUUACAGAAACCGAGUUGCAAAUGAGGACGUCAGAAUUGAUCGAGGAAAACGCACAACAGGCACUAAGCCUCCUCGUGCAGUAUGCUCAAUCAUCCCCCGCUGCCUCUCAAAAUCCUCAGCUGCUUAACUGCAUUACAUCCUGGAUGCGAGAAGUUGCUUUAGACGACAUUAUCAAAUCUCCACUUUUGGGGGUUAUUUUCGACGCAUUGUCAGCACCAGAACCCUUUGAGGCCGCCAUCGAAUGUGUUUGCGCGUUGAUUGCCGAAACUAGGGAUGUCGACGAGUCAACGAACACGAUUUUGGUUUUGUACCCCAAGGUACUGGAAUUGCGACCGAAACUCGCUCAGGCGGCAGCAGAGGAAGAUACAGAGACAUACAAGGGCAUUGCUCGAAUCUUCGCCGAAGCUGGAGAAGCAUGGUGUUUACUCAUUGCAAGGAUACCAGACCAAUUCCGUGAACUUGUCGAAGCUAUCCUGGAAACUGCGGCGUUGGACAAGGAGCGGGACGCGAUAUCUCAUACCUUCAAAUUUUGGUAUGACUUGAAGCAAUAUCUGACGCUUGAGAAGUACACGCCAGCCCGACAGCAAAUUGCUGAUAUCUACUCAAAGCUUGUUGAUAUCAUGGUCGGCCACCUGGAGUAUCCGAAACCGGAAAGUGGCGAUGAGAAAGACCUAUUUGAGGGCGAUCGCGAACAAGAGGAGAAGUUCCGGGAGUUCCGACACCAGAUGGGUGACGUGCUGAAAGACUGCUGCGAGGUUAUGAGCGUUACAGAAUGUCUUCAGAAACCGUUCAACCUCAUCCGAGCCUGGGUACAAACAUAUGCCUCACAGGCGGGGCCGAACCACGUACCUGGAUGGCAGAAGCUGGAGGCUCCGUUAUUUGCUGUGCGGGCUAUGGGGCGCAUGGUACCACCCGACGAAAGCGUCAUGCUGCCUCAACUUAUUCCAAUUAUGGUUCAAAUACCAGACCAUCCCAAAGUCCGCUUCCAAGCUGUCAUGGCUCUUGGCAGGUACACUGAAUGGACUGCACAACAUCCAGAUACCCUGCAACCUCAACUCGACUUCAUCAUGGGCGCUUUCGACCACUCCUCGAAAGAUGUAACCCGCGCUGCAGCUCUUUCGUUCAAGUUCUUCUGCAAUGAUUGUGCAAGCUCCCUCGUUGGCUUCAUUGGACCUUUGCAACAAUUCUACGCCAAAUACUUGGAUGUUCUGCCCGUCAGCAGCCAAGAGGAAAUAACGGAUGGCGUCGCCUCGGUCGUCGCGAAGGUUCCUCUUGAACAGCUAUAUCCUACGUUAAAGCUAUACUGUGACCCAGUGUUGCAAAGCAUUAUGUCUAUCGCCAACGAGGCCAAGGAGGAACCGUCACAGAAGCUUCUAGCAGACAAGAUCAACCUGCUGACUAUCUUUUUCGAAGUGGUGAGACCGCAAGUACUACCGGGGCACGAACACCCAGCAGUCAAAUACUGCCAAGAGAUCUUUCCUAUGCUAGGCAACAUCGUGUCGCACUUCUCGAACAGCGUGCCAGUUCUCGAGCGGGUUUGCCGAUGCUGGCGAUACAUGGUACUAUCAUAUAGAACGGCGAUGCGGCCAUUGCUUCCGUUGCUCGCAACGCAACUUGUACAAGGAUUCGAAUCGUCGAGACAGGGUUGCUUCCUAUGGGCUACAGCAUCGAUAGUCCGCGAAUUUUCUGCCGGAGCGGAGGAGUUCGACACAAGGCUGACUAAUGAUGUCUUCCAAUUCUACGAGCAACAGGCGAAGACGUUCCUGAGAAUACUCAGUGACUUACCGCCAGAGGAUCUUCCAGACAUGAUCGAGGAUUUCUUCCGCCUAGCCGGCGAGAUGGCCAUGUAUUACCCCAUCGAGUCCAUAUCGUCACCGCUCAUGGAAACCAUACUUCUGGCUGCCUGUUCAUCACUUACGCUGCUGAAAGAAGAGCCUAUUAUUGCAACUCUUCACUUCCUACGCGAUCUCCUCGGUUACGGUCGCAACUUAUCACCAUCCAGUAGCUUCGACAACUCGCGCCACGAGGUCCCUGAGCAAAUACAGACGCGUGUGAAGCAACUUGUUGCGGCUGCCGGAAUACAGCUUGUGCAACGCAUUAUGACGGGCAUGAUGUACAGCUUCCCUGAAGGUUGCUUCCCGGAUGCGUCAGGCGUGCUGCUUGACCUAUUUGAAUUGAUGCCAGAGCAAGUCGCUGGCUGGGUGCAACAGACUGUGGGAAUGCUGCCUCAGGGUAGUAUCACCCCUCAAGAAAGUGAACGCUUCUUGAACAACAUUAGACAGCGGAUCCAGACCGGAGACAUCCGAAUGAUCCGGACGAUCUUGCAGGAUUUCACGACGAGCUACAGGCGGAGGAAUGUGGCGCCCCGUGAAGGUCUCGGUAGACUCGAGGCCAGUCGAUUUAGGUUCUCCGGUUAA